UGCUGUCAGUGUACUUAAUGUAACGUGUUCAGUGAAACUUGACUGCAGCUGUCACAGGGGCUCAGGCUGAAGGAGAGAAAAUUUGACUCAUCAACUUACUGAUUAUCUGGAUUCUCUCUUUGGUUUCUGUGAGAUGAGAGUGGGAUUGGAUCACUUGCAUGGACCUUAAGCCUUGGUUAACAGAGCAGCUGAUGAUUCAGUGAAUGAAGGAGGCUUCACUUUAAACAGAGGAAUGGCACGGAUUCACUGUCGAUGGUAUAACCUGCUAAUCUGCCUGUGCAGCCCGUGCAUCUGCCUGCUCCUGCUCUUCAUCUACACCGGGGUCAUGCUGAGUAUCAACAUGACAAACCCUGUCUAUACGAACCCCAGUGGGCCUCACUUUGUGGCCUCCGGAACUUUCAGAAACGACGGCUUUGCCCCGAUGCCUAGAACUUUCUGGGCGCCACCCUCGCAAGUCAAAGGCCUCUGGAACCAUCUGCAGCUGGUCAGCGAGCGUGGAUACAACCCCAUCCUGCGUCCCAACAACAGCAAGUUGAGGUUUGACGGUGAGUCCCUGCUGUGGAAAGGCUACUCUGAACUUACAGAUUUGGAGAAUGGGACAUCAAACUUUGGCAUGCAACCACAGCUAAUGAAAGAGUUUGUGAGCCACAUGCAACAGAGGGAUUUUCCGAUCCUGAUACAGCCAGAUGGAACAUGUGGCAGUGGGGCAGUAAACGAGACGAAGCGCCCUCUUCUUCUCAUGGCCAUGAAGUCGUCAGAGUUGAACUUCAGGAACCGACAGGCCAUUCGACAGACGUGGGGCCGGGCGGGCUGGGUGGCAGGACACAGCAGGAACAGAAGCAGUGGAGAAGAAAUUGGAGGGUAUGUCCGCAGGGUCUUCCUUCUUGGGAAAGAAAGCCCAGAGGAAUUGGGUGUAGAUGUGUCGGAGUUACUGCAGACAGAGAGUGAACUGUAUGGAGACAUUCUGCAGUGGGACUUCAAGGACACAUUUUUCAACCUCACCCUGAAGGACGUGCUCUUCUGGGACUGGUUCUCACGUCACUGCGACCGCAUUCACUUCGUCUUCAAGGGAGACGACGACGUCUUCGUCAACACCAUGAAUCUGAUAACCUAUCUGCAGGACCAGCUCAAGAAGCCAGAAACACACAAGACGAUGAAGGACUUCAUGGUCGGACAAGUCAUCAACAGGGCAAUGCCCGUCCGAGAACGCAACUCCAAGUACUUCAUCCCUGACAGCUUCUACCAGGGCAUCUAUCCUACGUACGCAGGCGGGGGAGGGGUGGUGUACUCCGGCCUGCUGACCAGACGUCUACACGAGAUGGCCAAAGGUGUUCACCUGUUCCCCAUCGACGACGUUUACGUGGGUAUGUGUAUGGCCCGGCUCAACACCUCCCCGAUCAACCACCCUGCCUUCUUCACGUUUGGCCUUGACGAAAACGAAAAGGAGCCUUGUUUGUAUCACAUGAUCUUAUUGGUCCACAAGCGAAGCCCCUUAGAGAUGGUGAAUCUGUGGGCGUACUUGAAAAAAACACAGACACAGUGUAGGGACGUGCCCUUGAAGGAAACAGGCCAAGGAACCUAAACUCUGUUUUACAAAGAGUUCUUACCACAAUUUGAACAUCUAUGCUUAACCCUCUUCAUCUUUUUAGAGGCAUAAGACAUCGAGCAUCUGCCUCCAUCUGGGCCUCUCCCAUGUCAGACCCUUCUAUUUCAGCUCGGCCAUUACAUUUUGUUCCCAUGUCGCUUUCGGCCGACCUUGUUGGAGUUUUUCAGGUGAUGUCCAUCUUAGGGCGAUCUUUGUAAUGCGGUUCGGGACAAUUUGAACAUUUUAAAGUUAGAAAAAGUGACACUGCAACUAAUGAUGUCUGUAUUUAAGGUCAUGAGCUAGAUGGUGUAAGUCAUGUUUUUGAAAGGGUCUUAAUAUGCUAAAUAUGAUUUGAAGACACAUAAUUCAAACCACAUCUUCAAAAGCAAACUGUUCAUAUAAGGUGCAUUCACAUAAAUAAUAGGGGGUGAAUGCCACCACCGUCACAGACACAUCAUACACACUCAUUAGACGUUCUUCCAGUUUUCAGCAGAAACCUUAUUGUCAUGGGGACUCUCCUGUACAGCCAAUCAGAGACCUUGAGGGGUUCUCAUUCUUUGGGGGCCCAUACAAUUGCCUGCUUUGCUCUCCUUGUUUCAACUUCCCUGAUACGGACACAGACGAUAAAAUAACUUGUAACAUAUUGAGCACAUGUACUGUAUCAUUGUGUCAAUGUUGUAUUGUACAAUAGCCAGUAAAAAUUAUUUUCUCGCCAUUUUUUUCCCUGCUAAAUGAUCCACAAUGACAAUCUGACUUCAUUCAUUAUUCAUAUCCAAAGCAGAGUGAUCUAGAUAUGUUAUGUUAUCACCCUAUUAACAACAGGUCGGUGUUUUGGGGAAUAAUUAGAUGCCAAGUGCUUUAUUCAUGUGAAUAUCUUGUGUACAGUGCCUUGCAUAAGUAUUCACCCCCUUUGGACUUUUUUACAUUUUGUCAUGGUAUAACCACAGAUUAAAAUUUAUUUCAUCGUGAGUUUAUGUAAUGGACCGACGCAAAAUGCAUCAUUUGGAAGUGGGGGGAAAUAUUACAUGGAUUUCACAAUUAUUUACAAAUAAAAAUCUGAAAAGUGUUGAGUGCA